AGUUCCUCUCGCCGCCGCCAUUUCCAAAAUGGCGGCUUCACUCGGCGGUAUGUUCUCUGGGCAACCUCCAGGACCCCCUCAACCCCCGCCGGGACUCCCUGGCCAGGCUUCCCUUCUUCACGCCGCGCCAGGCGCUCCGAGAACUACGAACACAACCUUGGUGGACGAACUGGAGUCAUCUUUCGAGGCUUGCUUUGCUUCCCUGGUGAGUCAGGACUACGUCAAUGGCACGGAUCAGGAAGAAAUCCGAACAGGUGUUGAUCAGUGUGUCCAGAAAUUUCUCGACAUUGCAAGACAAACAGAGUGUUUUUUCCUGCAAAAGAGACUGCAGUUGUCUGUCCAGAAACCAGAGCAAGUUAUUAAGGAGGAUGUCUCGGAACUAAGGAACGAAUUGCAGCGCAAAGACGCCCUGGUCCAGAAGCAUCUGACCAAGCUGAGGCACUGGCAGCAGGUGUUGGAAGACGUCAACAUGCAGCACAAAAAGCCGGCAGACAUGCCGCAGGCCUCCUUGGCCUUCCUGGAGCAGGCGUCCGCCAGUAUCCCCGCCCCGAUGAAGCAGACCUAAGCCAGGUGGCCAGCCCCUGCUUCUGGUGGACCCAACGUUUGGGAGAACUCGCUCGUUCUGUCACCGGAGGAGACAGUUUUCUGUUGCUAUGAUUCCACACAUCCUUAUGUUUUUUUUUCAUAGGCUGUGGGUUU